UGGAUCGCUAUAGAAAUAACGUACUGCCCGUUAAAUAAUUAUAAUAUAAUUUGUUUGAUCGUAUUUUGAGUUAAAAAUGAUCGGUCGAUGUCUUUUAUAUUUUUUGGUUUUAGGACCAUAUUUCGUUAGUGGUGUUCUAUCUUCUUAUGACGAAUACGAUUACGAAUUAUAUGCAGCUAAAGAUCCGAAUGAUGAAUGGAAUAUUUUUUAUAGUGAUGACCCUAAUUCCACUUCAACAAGUACUUCGACCACAACGACGACCACUACAACAACGACGACCACAACAACUCCGCGCCCAACAACAACGACAUCUACAACAGAACGGUAUCCAUGGCAACGAAACACAAUAUGGAACCCAUGGCAACGAACCACAACAUGGAACCCAUGGCGACCAACAACAACCCCACAGACAACAACAACACAACAAUCAAAACAUGGAAAUGAUAAUGGUGUUGAUCCGAAAGUCAUCUAUUUACCAUUGAUAGCCAUUCUGGUUAUUAUAGUGUUGAUUCUUACAUACAUUAUAGCAUCGAUAUUAACAAGGAAAUACAGCGGAAGAGAUAGUAUUAACAAUGUAUGGAAUAAUGCCAAAGGGAGAUUUACUAAUCGUAACCCAGAAGACGAAACGAAACCACCAGAAAGUAAAACUGAAGAUAUAGAAGCUAAAUAUACAAAUAAAAAUAUAGCCGAUGUUGUUGUAAAUUGCAAUGAAACACAGAAUAGUGUUGUAAGUUAAUUUGUCGACAACAAAGUCACGUCCAACAACAAUACAAUAAAAAGAAGGAAUUAACGGUAGUUUAACUUUGUAUGUGACUUUUAAUUGGUGAUUAAAAUAAUCCAUUAAU